AUGAGUAGCAAGCUUUGGGAAUUUUUCCUACGCGAUGACGUUGAGAGCUUUCAGCGGUAUCUGGCCAGUGCCAGCUAUACCUCUGGCGGCCAACGAGCUCCGUCUGGAGCAUCUUCACAUUUCCACUCAGGCACGUCCGGCCCGGUGAUCUCAUCCUCGUUGGGUGUUUCGCCAAAGGGUAAAAGGUUAACUGGCACGUCUCCUGCGACCUCUGUGCCAGAUCGAACCGGUGGCUCUCGGACGGCCAAAGCAAUAUCCCGCGAUGAAUUGAACGCUCGAGACCAGCAUGGAAGAACCCUCUUACAUCACGUCGCCUCCUCACCCAAACCUACGGCCGCCGAUUUUGCUGUAGCGCUGUUAGAGGUACCAUGUCUUGAUAUCUAUGCGCAGGAUUUGGAGAGUGGGUGGACAUCGCUCCACCGAGCUCUAUACGCGGGUAAUGCUACAAUCGCGCAGGCUUUGAUGGCACGAGAUGCUCGGGACGCAACAGAUUUGAGCAAACCGAGCUCUUUAGGCCAUCUUAGUGGUAGUCUCAUCAAGAUCAAAGAUCGAGAAGGUUACAGUCCCUUUGACGUUUAUGCGGCAACAAUCAACUCUCGCAAUUCUAAAAGCGUGACAUCUGCCACUCCUCUGAAUCCACCCCCAACCCCUUGGCAGGACGAUGAUUCUGCCGCCGGCUCUUCCGAUGAUGAAGAUGCCGUUGAGUAUCUAGAAAGCCCAAUGAACGACCUGUCUGGGGACGAAGUAUACACUUUUGGGAGUAACAAGAAUUUGAACCUUGGUGUUGGAGAUCAGGACGAUCGGCAAUACCCUGAAAGAGUAACGCUCACGCGUCCAGCACACCUUUUGAAGCGGUUCUUUCGAGAGUAUCGAGAGUUGCAAGAACACCCAAAUGUUGUGUCAUCGCAUGAGUCGAGUCUCGAUCAAGGCCUACCAGCUUUCAUCAAAGCCAAGCCACUUAAAUAUCAGGCCCUGGAAAUGUCCAAGCUUCACACUGCGAUCCUCACAGACGACCCCGAAUCCAAUCUCUUUAUGUGUGGCUUCGGUCCGGGUGGUCGCCUGGGCACCGGGGACGAGAGCACAAGGUUUAGCUAUGUCUGCAUUGAGGGCGGCGGACUUGCCAACAAGAAGGUCAAGUCUGUUGCACUCGGUCAGGACCAUACCCUCGCUAUUACUGAGAAUGGAGAUAUUUUCAGCUGGGGGAGUAAUAAGUUUGGUCAAUUAGGCUAUGGCCUUCCAAGGACAAGCAACAAGGAUGACGUACCGAUCCAACCAUCUCCACGACAAAUCUUCAACCCCUUCAAGAAAGAGACCAUCCUUGGAGCAGCAGCAUCGGCCAUCCAUUCGGUUGUCUUCAGUAAUUCUGGCCUGUAUACUUUCGGCAAGAACGAAGGUCAGCUGGGCCUUGUUGAUUCAGACGCUCGGUCGCUUGAAGUACAAACGACACCACGACGUGUGGGUGCUUCUCUAUUCAACACCCCAAUACACAGUGUAUCUGCCACCGAUCAGGCUACCGCGGUUUUGCUUCUGAACCACGAAGUCUGGGUGUUCUCCCAUUAUGGCUAUUCCAAGCUCUCGUUUCCGUUGGAGGUCAACUCCAGAUUCAUAAGAGACAGCUUCAUGACCACCCGUUACGAUACAUCCACCAACCGCAUCGUUAAAAUUCGGUCUGGCGGAAAUACUAUCUGUGCAUUGUCAAGUUCAGGGGACGUUUUCACAGCGCAGGUCAACAAAUUAGAGAAUUUGCCGAGUUUGACCUCCACGACCAAUCCCUCGAAAAUUCGUAAUUCUUUAUCCACGCCCAUGCGUGUUUGGACCGUGAAGAAGGAGCAUAUGGCAGCCGAAGAUGUCGAUGUUGGUCAGGACGGUUCCAUAAUUAUCUGCACAGCUUCGGGCUCAGCAUGGAUGAAGGAGCGACGAAGGAAAACGAAGGAUGGAUCGUUGAGAGAGUACAAAUUUUCUCGUGUGCCUGGCCUCUCCCGGGUUGUUGGUGUUUGCAGCAAUGCCUUUGGAGCAUUUGCGGUUGCUCAACGCGAAUGCGACGUAACCAAGGAACAGAUCAACGUUGAUAUAACGAGCCUUUGGAGAGACAUCUGGCCGCUAUCGCCCUUCAAUUCCAUCCGCGAAACUACAGAGCCAGGUGGGCAUGUUCGUCUCGUCGAUAGCGAGACACCCUAUAAUAUAGCAUCAGUCAUAGGGAUUAAAAAAACCCUUGUUGACUCGCCUAACCUUGAUCUUUUUUUUCGACAAACAACCGCUGAACCACCUACGGGAACAUUCUGGGUUAUGACAACCGUUUCGGAUAUACGAGUGCCUGUCCAUGAAUUUACCCUAGCAGGCCGCAGUUCAGUUCUCAGGAAGGCACUUCAGGAAUUUCGAUGUAAACACAAAGCCUCGGUACCUGAACUCCUAACUAUCAUGGAAGGCGAUGAUCGACAGCCCCGAAUACUCUUUCAAGGCGUCGAUGUUCUGACUAUUUUGAAUCUUGCUUUCUUCUUAUACACGGACAAUGUCCUUGAUGUGUGGCAAGACGCGCGAUCCUCGCAAAAUGCCUCCCGCUUCCGCCAGGUCCGAACAGAGGUGAUACGUAUGGCCACGCACUUGGAUCUUCCAGCCUUGGAACGAGCUGCGGUUCUCAUGAUAAAACCAGUGAGGAGUAUGAAGGGCGAUUUUGCUGUGGCUCUCGACGACCCGGCCUUCUUCGAAAGCGCUGAUGUCGUGAUUGAACUGAGUGGCGGCCAGGUACCUGCUCACAGCCAAUUUAUCUGUCAAAGAUGCCCCUUCUUCAAUGCUCUGUUCAAUGGUCGUUCGGGUGGCAGGUGGCUAUCAUCUCGACGAAAAAGCCCCAAUGACAAAGUCCACGUUGACCUCAAACAUAUCGAACCUCCGAUUUUCGAUUUUGUUCUCCGAUACAUGUAUGCGGACGUGGAUGAUCGCCUCUUCGAUGAGGUCCGGACGAAAGAUACUCAAGACUUUGUUGAUCUUAUCAUCGACGUUGGGUUUGUGGCCAACGAAUUGAUGAUUGAUAGACUAGCACAGAUCUGCCAAAAGGCUCUGGGAGAAUUCGUGACCUCGCGGAAUGUGUGUCACCUUCUCAAUUCGGUUGCUCCGUGCUUCGUGACAGAGUUCAAAGAUGCUGCGUUGGAGUAUAUUUGCCUCAACUUGGAGGACUUGAUUUCAAACAAGCUCUUGGGAGACCUUGACGGGCAUUUACUCCGUGCUCUUGAUUACGUUUGCCAGGAUAAUCAAUUGACAGAAUUGCCAAUAUCUAGAGUCCGCAACACAGCUGAGUAUCUCUACGAGAAAUAUCCAGAAGUUGUCUCGUCGGUAGAGGCCGAUAAGCGUCGACUAAUCGACUUUAUGAGGCUCAAGACUCAUAUCAACAAGAUCGACUCUCAUGAGGGAAAGUACCGAACAUCAAACGAGAAAGCUGCAGCCUCUCCAUCGGCCUUAAAACCCAGGAACAAAAAUCGUGAUGCUGCUGUCUAUGACAGUCCGCUGCUCAAAUCCAAACAGUCAACUGGUGACCUCAUGUUCCAAAUGGAUGAUGAGCCAUUGCUGUCCGCUCUCGAUUCAGUCAAAGGGAAAGCAGUGGAUCGUCACUUCAAGUCCACUGAUGAGAACGAUACUCGACCAUGGAAUGAUAACCUAGCACUUGGGUCCAGUCUACAAGAUAGAACGUCUUUUGGAGACCGAAGCUACUUAGAUGACCGAAUGGGCUCUCCGCAGGAUGCGAGUAUAGCCAAAUCCCCGUCUAGAUUCCAGACAACAACCCCCCAAGGAAAGCAGAACGGAUCCAUAUCUCCGCCGCAUUCAUCCCAGGUGCCUUGGAACUCAACGCCGAUCUCGGGUUCUAAGAAAGCCCUCAAGGAUAUAAUGAGCGAAGCGUCAGACAGCCGAGUUUCGAAUAUCAGUUUAGGGAUGUCUGCACGGAAAGAAAACACCAGUUCUUCUGUUCCAAAGUUAUCGCAAAAGGAACGAAAGAAGAUGCAGCAACAGCAGAUGCAGGAGAUGGCCAUCGCUCAGCAAAAGGCGAAGGAAGCGGCACAGAGCCCAUGGAAGCUUCCAACCCCAAGUCAAGCCCCUGCUGGUAUUUCACCGAAUGGACAAGAUGUCCCAUCUCCCACGACAUCAUCGAAGUCAACACAGAAGCCAGGAAUGACUCUCCGUCAGACUGUAUCGGGCGCACCUUCGCCUAAGCCUCAGCAUCCAAUGAACCCAGUGCCAUUUAAGGGCCGCAGUGUCUCGGGCAAUACCAAACCUCCACGGCCGUCAGACACAGGAGCACCCUCGACAUCCCCUAACGAUACAACCAGCCCUCCGCCCUCCAUCCAAUCUGUCCGUCACAUCCCUAGGCCGGAGCCCUACCAGACAAGCUUCCACUCCGACUCUGCAAGCUCCAUGUCCCUGGCCACAAUCCUAAUGCAACAGCAAACAGAGAAAGACGAAAUCCACGAAGCCGCAACAGCCAAACACAACCUCCAAGAUAUCCAAGCUGAACAAGCCUUCCAAGAAUGGUGGGACAAAGAGAGCAGACGGGUGCAGGGUAUUCCGGAACCAGAUGCGGAACCUAACCAAGAUGAAAGAGACCACCGCGGAGGACGCCGGGGCAACAAAGGCUCGGGCCAACGCAAGCGGCGCGGAAAGGUGCCCCAUGGUUCUAGCAGUAUGGCGUCACCUCAGCAGCCUGAGCGGAACGAUUCUGAACAUGCUCCUACUCCGAAGAAUGCUCGAAACAGUAGCCCACACCAUCGGCAUCAACAGACGCAGACCGCAAAGAAACCUCCUACGGAUUCAGCAAUAAAUGGGGGUUCAUCGCGUCGGGGCCGGGGCGGCCACCACGGAAAGCAAAGCCAGGGCGAGAGAGCCUGA